AUGAGUUCCAGUGAAGAAAAACCCCACUGGAAUAUGUUUGAUGGUGUGAAGACCAUCUCAACGUCACCUGAAGUGCUUAUGUCUGAGAUUAAUUCUGCCAUUACUGCUCUUGAGUACACUCGUGCUACUGCUUUCUUACAAUCUCGAUCUGCUUCUGCCUCAAAGAACAUAAACCUUAAUGGAAAGUUGACUUCACAAUAUGAUGCUCAAAUGGCUGAUGAAGCUUACAAGGCAGGAUUGGCUUCCAUGGCUGCAGGGAAGCUUGAUGAGGCUGUCAACUCACUAAAUGUCGCUCUUUCCAAGUGCCCGCCUGAUAAGACAUCUGCUGUUGCUAAGCUUCAGUCUCUUAUUUCCCGUACAUCCCAACUGCUUCACAAGUCCUCCAAUUGA